GGAUUUCACUAAUUUUUCAUUCUGUCUGAACGUGCUAGAUAAUGAGCGAGCAAGCGCAGCGGGUGACACACCUCUUCCGCGCCUCCUAUUACUAACCCCAUAUUUUCCAAGCACCCCUCAUUCUUGACAAUCGCAACCUGUUGUGUACAGCCCAUCUCAGACCUGGGCAAGAUAUUGUGUUUGAGCAGUUGCGCAGAGCGUUUUAACCCGUUCAAGUAGCAAGAUGGCCGAGGGAUCUCUUGCUACGGCCGACAUCGUCAUCAUUGUUCUUUACUUCGUAUUCGUCAUCGUUGUCGGGCUAUGGUCUAUGUACAAGACCAACAGAAGUAAUGCCAGUGGAUAUUUCCUCGCAGGACGAUCGAUGUUAUGGCUACCCAUCGGGGCGUCAUUAUUUGCAAGUAACAUCGGAACUGGUCAUUUCAUCGGAUUGGCAGGCACUGGAGCUGCAGCUGGGGUAGCCGUGGCGGCUUACGAAAUAAUGGCAGCAUUUGCUAUCCUUCUCCUCGGUUGGAUAUUUCUUCCAGUCUAUGUUUCUUCAGGGGUCUACACGAUGCCAGAAUACCUCAGAGUGAGAUUCGGGGGUCAACGCUUGAGAAUUUUCAUGUCGCUUUCAGCCUUGUUUCUCUACGUAUUCACAAAAAUAUCGGUGGAUAUAUAUGCUGGUGCCAUCUUUAUCCAACAAGCUUUCAACUGGAAUAUUUUUGCUUCUAUCUUCAUUCUCUUGGCUGUGACUGCGAUCUAUACAAUCACAGGUGGCUUAGCAGCUGUCAUCUAUACCGACACCCUUCAAUCAUUUGUCAUGGUCAUCGGUGGUAUCGCCCUUAUGGUGAUAAGUUUCAUGGAAAUCGGUGGUCUGGAGGGUUUAAUGCUGGAGUACAUGCAAGCCAUCCCGUCCUCCGUUCUGAACGAUACCAAUACCAGCUGUGGGUAUCCCAGAGAGGAUGCCUUCAGUAUGAUGAGACACCCUCUAACCUCCGACCAGCCUUGGCCCGGUACCAUCAUUGGUAUCAUGGUGAUCGGGGUUUGGUAUUGGUGUACGGAUCAGGUCAUCGUGCAGCGUUCUCUUGCCGCCAAGAACGUAACGCACGCCAAGGGAGGGUCAUUGGUGGCUGGCUACCUCAAACUUUUACCUCAGUUUCUUAUCGUUAUGCCGGGUAUGAUUGCAAGGGUUUUAUACACAGAUGAGGUUGCGUGUGUUGACAGUGAAGCCUGCACAGAGUACUGCCAGAAUCCCAGCUCAUGCUCAAAUAUUGCCUACCCUCUUCUUAUCCUUCGGCUUAUGCCAGUCGGUGCCAAGGGUCUGAUGAUGGCAGUCAUGAUUGCUGCCCUCAUGAGCUCUCUCACUUCCAUUUUCAACAGCGGAAGUACGAUCUUCACCAUGGAUGUGUGGCGCCGUCUACGACCAAAGGCGAAGAACACUGAAUUGAUGAUUGUUGGAAGGGUAUUUGUUUUGAUUUUAGUUGGGAUAAGCAUCCUUUGGGUUCCUAUAGUCCAAGCUGCUCAAGGUGGCCAGCUAUUCCAGUAUAUCCAAUCUCUUCAGUCUUACUUCGCACCAUCCAUCUUCGUAUGUUUUGUCAUGGGCGUGAUCUGGCCAAGAACUAAUGAACAGGGGGCUUUCUGGGGUCUGGUGGCUGGUGUGGCCCUUGGCCUGACCCGGAUGAUCCUGGACAUCAUAUACCCUUCUCCAGCUUGCGGGGUCGAGGACACCAGACCCGGUAUUGUCAGUGGGGUCCACUUCCUCUACUACAACUGUAUCGUGACCCUGGUAUCGUUGAUCGUCACCAUAGCUGUCAGUCUGAUUACAGAGAAACCCUUGCCUGAACAGGUCAUGGGUAAGACUUACUGGACCAGAGGAAUGGACAUCAAAGCAAAUGACAAGAACGGAAAGACCACUGAUCCUGAACAGAACCCUGAGGCUGUGGAAAUGAACAAGAGCAAAGAGGCAAACGAAGCCACCCAAGAUGAAGUGAAAAGGAUACCGGUAGACGGAGAGGGCGCUUUGGAGGCUGAGCCAGCACCGCAAAACACGACUGAAAACGAAGAAACCUCUGUUUUGAAGAGAUGUGUCUAUUGGUUUCUUGGGUACAACCCUAAGGACGACCACGAAGUGCCGGACGAAGCCAGCAUGAUCAAGAGCAUUGAUGAGAAUCCGAUGUGGCAAAAGUUCAACCUUGUCAACGCAAUCAUAUUAUGCGGAGUAUCAGUCGCAAUGAUGGUAUGGUGGUGGUGAAUAGACACAUUACCCGAACACAUCUAUCCCCACCUUAAAAAAUACACUCCGGUACUCCAGGUUGAUAAUGAUUAUAUAAAAAUAGAGUAAAGUUCAUUAAAGGUCAAGUCCACCUCAUAAAAAUGUUGAUUUGAAUCAAUAGAAAAAAAUCAGACAAGCUUUAUGCUGAAAAUUUCAUCAAAAUCGGAUGUAAAAUAAGAAAGUUAUGACAGUUUAAAGUUUCGCUCAUGUUUUACAAAAUAGUUAUAUGCACAAUUUAGUCACAUGCAAACGGGAGAAUCGAUGAUGUCCCUCACUCACUAUUUAUUUUGUUUUUUAUUGUUCGAAUUGUACAUCAUUUUAAUUUAUGCAGAUUUGACAAUAAGGACCAACUUGACUGAACCAUAAAAUGUUAAGCAAUGGUUAUUCAACAUGUUCAUGGAGAAAUAAAACUUAAUUAUCUACGUCGUGUAGUAAUUCGAAUUACUACACGACGUAAUUACUUACGUCGUGUAGUAAAUUGAAUUACGACACGACGUAUAUCCGUGUUUUUGACGGUCUCCUGCUUCCAUACUUAUACCGACCAGGAUGUACAUAUAACUGUUUUGUGAAAAUAAGCGAAACUUUAAAAUGUCAUAACUUUCUUAUUUUACAUCCGAUUUUGAUGAAAUUUUCAGUGUUAUGCUUGUGGGAUUUCUCUCUUUUUAUUCAAAUCAAAUUUUUGUUGGGGUGGACUUGUCCUUUGCUGAAAAAAAAUCGUCAAAAUCUGAAGGCAAAUAACGAAGUUAUUGAAUUAUAAAAUUAAGCAGUAUUUUAGAGAAACAGCUAUAUGCACAUCAUCAUCUUUAGAUGGACUGACGAUAUCAUGUCCCCAUUUUCCUUUUUCUAGUGCUAUUACAUGAUAUCAUAAUUAUUUCAUGUGUUCAUAUAUGUGCGUAUGAUUUUGUCUCCCUUCUCUUGAAAUAAGUUACAGCAAUGAAUAUAUCAUGCAUUAAAUCAGUUUUCAAUCCAAAAUUUUUCAUUCUUGGGGGACAAAAUUUCAAUUUACGUAAUUUUGUAUAAUAAAAUACAAAAGAGCAAGUGGGUAUAUGACAUCAUCAAUUCGCUCAUUGAAUAUUCAUGAAGACAUGCAUAGAACUGUUUCACCGAAAUGAUGCAAACCUUUUUUUUAUGUCAUAAUUUUGUUACUCCUUGUCCGAUUUCGAUCAAAUUUUCAGUGAUUCGUUUGUCGGAUUUUUCAUAAUCUGCUCAAACCAUGAUAUUUUUAAUCUGGAGUACCUCGUUAAGUGUCUCAGCGUGUUUCCUGAAUCUGUACAUAAAGCCAAGCAUGAUUAUACAAAUAUAUUGAAAUGGCACUGUUUGAAGACCACGUUUCCUUGCCUAAAUUCACGUUUUCCAGGAGCUACCUCACUGUCAUCAAUUUUAAUGUUUAUUAUUGUUUUGACGGUAGAGCAACAGUAUUCCAAAUCCUACGGCAGGUUUUCUCAAUUUUGUGUAUUUUGUGCAUGUCAAUGUUAUUUGAAAGAAAUGAUUUCAUGUUUGUUCCCCAAUGAUGGUGUGUUCCUAAUGAUUAUUUUCAAAUAUUACAUUGUAAUUGCAAAUUCUUAUACCUCAUUUAUGCCACUGUUCUAAUGUGAUCAAAUGAAGAUACUAUUACUCCUACAGCUGCUUUAUCAGGUGGAAUAGUUUUCAGGCAGGCCGGGCCACUCCCUGAUAUUUGAAUAGGGGCCAAUAAUUAUGUGUAAUCAUGAUGUGAUUUCACGGGUUAGGUUAGGGAAGCCGAGCGUGCGACCCAUUUAUUUGGGUCCACAGCGCGAAGCGCGCUCCCAAUAUUUUGCAGGAAAGAAGACUAGAGAUGACAUCAAAGAUGGAUUCGCUGUCUGGUUGAUUGAAUUUUAAUCAUCAUUACUAAUGUAUACUUAACAACAGCCAGCGCAAACAAUGUAAUGAUAUAAUGUAGCAUGUCUAUAUCGUUAAGGAUGGCAAGGCGUUAAGGAUUUUUUAUCCAAACUGUCCAUGCCACCCAAAUUAUUGUUAAGAUGUUAAUGAUUAUCUAAAAAAAGUUCUCCUUAUAUCUGAAUUUUUCAAACUUUACGAAAUUCAUAUUACCGCAUGUAUGUUGUUAUGAGUAUCAUGAUGUAUGUGGGGUGGAUGUGGGGUGAGAGUGUGUGUGUGUAUAGUAGGUUUUUUUUAGCUCUGCUCAGUUUGUUUCCAUUAAUCUUGUCGGUGAAGAUGUUAGGUAUACGCGUAAAGUGUUUCGUUCUACUUAUUUUUAGCGUCUUCUAGUACAAUGAGUAUAUUACGUAGUUUUAGUAUGUAUAUUGCGUUUAGAUAAAAUGCAUCAUUAAGAUUCGCUCUCAUUUCCCAUGUUCCUUCGUGACACUGUGAAUGCAAGAAUAAUUUGUAGUAUAAUUGAAUGUUUGUUUUGUUAUUACAUGUGUGUAUAUUUACCCAAAAAAAUAUGUGAAAUAUAA